AAACCCAUCUAGCCGCUCGCUGAGAUGAAGGGUCAGAGGUCAGAGGGUAAAGUUGACUGUAGUGAAAACAUGGUUGAGCACGCGAACGUCCGCGUGGUUCAUCGCGGUGGCAGUAAAAUAAACUUCAGGGAGCCUGUCAUAAGCAGUGACUCAAGGUUCCUGCUGUGUCCAUCAGGCGAGUCUGUGAAAGUGUUCAGCACCUCCACAGAGGAGUGCAUCCGCGACCUGCGGGGCCACACCGACCUGGUUACUGGUGUACUGAUCAGACCUUCCAACCACCUGCAGGUCUACUCUUCCUCAUUAGACGGUACUGUCAGACUGUGGGACUUCACGGAUGGCAUCCUUAUUAGAACGUGUGUCAUUGGACAGCCAAUUUACUCCAUGUAUACAUCUGCACACCAUAAAGGAAUCCUUUUUAUUGUCAUCUCCAUGGGGGCUGACAGACGAUCCGAGCUGUUCCAGCUGGUGGCAGUACACCUGCCCCAGAGCGGAGAGCAGCUGGUGGAGGCCCGGGAGGUUUCAGCUGUGCUUAGCUAUGUGGACUCCAACCCAGCAACCAUUUCCUUUGGUAAAGGGGGGGAAUAUAUUGCCUCAGCUACAGGUUUUCAGCUGGAGGUCUUCUACUUCAGGAAACAGAAAUCAUACAGGUUUUUUCUUAAAGGAAACAACAAGAAAGGAGCCAAGAACACAUUCACAUGCGUCGCCUGCCAUCCACAUGAAAACUGCAUAGCCACAGGACAUGAAGACGGCAAGAUCCGCUUGUGGAGAAAUUUCACCGACCAGAAGGAGUACACGUACUCCACCCUUCAUUGGCACCAUAGUGCUGUCAGCUCACUGCGCUUCACGCCAGAAGGUACCAACCUGCUGAGUGGAGGGGUUGAAUCGGUGCUGGUCCAGUGGCGAUAUAACCAAGAUAACCAGCGGGACUUCCUCCCUCGCUUGGGUGCUGCCAUCACUCACAUCACCGUCUCACCUGAUGGAUCGCUAUUCUGUACCUCACACAGUGAUAACAAGAUAACAGUCAUACAGAGUUGUGUCAAAGUGUCAGCUGUGAUCCAGGGCUUGGUCAAAGGAAGAAGUAUCAGGACAGACUUAAUGGUGGAUCCAUGCAGCAAAGCUCUGGUGCUGAACGGAAAACCAGGUCACCUUCAGUUUUACUCUCUGCAACGGGACAAGCUGCUGUACAACCUGGACAUUGUGCAGCAGGAGUACAUUCAUGAGUUGGGCCUAGAGCAGAUGGAGGUGGUAAAAGCAGCCUUCAGUCCUGCGGGAAACUGGCUGGCAACAGUGGAAGAGAGAAAACAAAGUGCAACUGAGGUGGAGCUUAAUUUGAAACUAUGGGAAUUCGACCAACAAACCCAAAGUUUUGUGCUGAACACGACCAUCUCAGCCCCACACGAGGCCCAGAUUACAGCCAUGUGCUUCUGCCAGGCCGCAGACAGCCAGACCACCAUGCUGGUCUCUGCCAGCAAGGAGGGACACUUCAAAGCUUGGCAGCUAGAGCCAGCACACACAGAGGAUGAAGGUCCUUCCUGGUCGUGUGGUUUUGUUGGAGCCUAUCACGGGCUGGUGCCCGGGUGCUGCUGUUUCUCAGCUGACGGCUCUCUGUUGGCAGUCGGCUUUCAGGAGGUGGUGACUGUGUGGAGCCCGGUCUCCUGGGAGCUACUCACGACUCUGUCCCAGCCUCCAGGAAUUAUCAGGAAUCUUUGUUUUGGGCGACUAAGCUGUUCCAAGUAUCUGCUGGGGACGAUCUCCAACAACAUGCUCUGCUGCUGGAACCUCCUCACCUGCUCCUUGGAGUGGAGCACCUCCAUGGACACCAGCCUGCUGCUGGCCGACCCCCUUUCUGAGAACAUGGCUGCCUUCUGCAGCCAGGCUGGAUGCACUGACUUGUUUGUUUUCAAGCCCAGUGAGCCUCGGCCCCUGUUUUCCCAGAAGGCUGUGUGUUCAGGGAAGGUGACCCGUGCUGUCUUUGCUCCGAGGGAGGAGAUGUUGGAGAGCUGUGAGGAAAGCAGCCAGUGGCUCAACCAUUCCCAGCUGUACUUCUUUAAUCAGAACAUGGACCUUUUGUCAUUUACCACUAAAGCAGAAGAGGACAGGCUGAUGGCCUCCAGCAAGCAGCUUAUGAUAGAUGACAGUGUGGCCAUGACACCGUUCUACCUGUUACUGGGGAAACACCGGCAGCAGGAAGGAAACCCAGAGGCAGACAGCAGCCUGCCAGUGGACAGAGCAGCUCUGCCACAAGGCACUGUUGCUAUGAAGGAGCUUCUACAGACGCCAGCCCACGUCCUGCCCUCCACCUCUUUCUUAUGCUCCAUGUUUGUACAGUCUCUGCUCAUCUCCAUCACAGACUCCAGGGAGGAACACAAACAUUCAGAUGAGGAACUGGAAAGUGAGAAAGAGGAAGAGGAUUCAGAGGGGGAAAUGGACUCUAGCAUCUUGCGACCAGAGCUGGGGCCUGUGGCUGCAGCACCCCCUCUCUCCAAAGCUCAGAUUAGGGAAUUGAGGAGGGUGAAGAAGCUCGACCACAGCUGGUGCACAGGUCUCCUAGACUCUUGAAAAUGCCCAAAGACACUUUCUACUGGGAGUCUUCACCACAUCAAUGGGUGCUGUGGAUGUCUUUACUCUUGCGAUAGUGUUUUUCCCUCUGAAAAGAAAUAAAUGUCAAUGUGUAACUAAAUAUCUCAUUUAGACCUUGUGGAUGAGUCUCUUCUGAAAGAUCCUGUGUCAACAGCCUUUUGCUGCUACAAACUAUGACAUGACAUCUCUCAAGUAUUUUUAGUCAUUAUAUAUAUUGUUUUUACUGUCAUGUUGAAAAACAUGCUUUGAAAGUGCACAGUGGUGAAUUUACAGACAGAUCCUGCACUUUUAAAGGCUUUAAAUAUAAACCAUGAUUACACAUGCAACAACCUUCACCUACUCUAUUCAGUCAUGAAUAUUAAUUAGAGUUUUUCACCUGAACAAAUGUAAAACAAACACUGUUGUAUACAUGCACGUGUAUGUGCACUCUUAUUUUUCUAUGCUUAACAUUUAUUAAAACGUGUAAACCAGG